CCAAGUUUAAACCCGAGACCAGCACGCACAAGCACAGCCGCGACACUACAAAUUACCCCUCUUGUAUCCAGUCCAUCACACAACAGCAAGCAGCAGACUUGUAUCCAGUUCGAUCAACAAGCAGCAGCUAGCAGAAGCAGGGAGUCGUCCUAUCUAGGUGACCUUUACUGAAUCAAAUCCAUGGACAUGGAGAAGUUCUUGACAUCGCUCGUCCUCUGCGAGGCUCCCCUGGACGGCUAUGGCACCUCGGUGCUCACCGCCGGCGCGAUCAAGCAGCUGGUCUCCGACGGCGUGACGAAGCCGGGUCCUCUCAAGGAGGACGCCGAGAAGGAGCAGGGGUUCUCCGGCAAAUCGACGCAGCAGCGGCGUGCCAGGUUCGAGCUGGUGUUCGACGGCCUCAACUGCUUCGACUCCGUUGUCAUGCACUGAUUAAUCAGGAACGUCUGUGCAACUGAAUACAUUUGUCGAUUUUCGCCCGUACGCGCAACUGUGGAUCAAAGUGAUCUUUUUUUUAGGGGGUGGAUCAAACUGAUGUUGAAAAAAUCCAUCAACGUGCUCCUGGUGACUAUUCAUUUCAUUCUAGUAGAGUAACGUUCUAUCUACAGUACAUGAUUAAGCUUCAAUACAAACAGAAGGAUUUUUAAACUGA